GCCAUUGUCAUAUGGAUUCAGCCUAAUCUUUGCCACUGUGCCACCGUGCCUUGCAUUAUGGACGAACGGUCAACGGGUAAACGGAGAUCCACUAAAACGGUCUUGGACACCUUGUCAAAAGUGGACAUUUCCAAGCAGGGGUUGAACAUUAGUUCUGUACUGCCUGCUACAAACCUCCAGCCAAGACCCAAUGACACCAUCCCAGCGGUCGAUACCACCAAAGCUUCUUUGAACCCGUUUCCUGCAGAAGAAGGUGAUAUACUGAUAACACAAGAAGCCGUCAAACUGAAGCAAAAUGUAGAUGCGUCAAUUUUAAACGCUAAAAAGUUGUACGAGCUUAGCAACACUGCAGCUGUGAAAGGGAUAACUGCGAAAGGGGGCAACAGAAAAGCUUCAGAAGGAACAUUAUUUGUCACAAAACCACCUUCUCCUACACGAAGUAAACAACUUUUAGGGAAAACAGCAGAUCCAAAAGCUAGCAGCAGAAAUCCAAGAAAAGGCACAACAGCCUCAGAAAUACUGCACACGGAAAAGCUUAGAAAGACUGAUCCCGUUCAUUCUUUAUCCUCGAAGCUCAAAAGAGCCAUUAGUUUUAACCCUCUUACUUCUGUUGCAAAGACCCCAUCCGUUCAAACGCCGGAUGCAAGGAAUAGGCACUACUCGAAAGUGGUGACACAUAUUGUUAAACGGUUAGGUGGAAGAGCAUCGGGGAGUUCCGUCUCGCUGCCAGUUGCGUCUCAAAGUAAAACUCCUUCGCCAAAAUCUUCGAAGAAAAAUAAAUUUAAACGUCGAAGUUGGAAGAAGGCGUCUCUCAAGAAAGGGAAAUCAGAAAUUCCAGUCACCAUAAAUAACUUCUUUACCACAAUUAAAACAGUUGAUAAUUUACACGACCUGAAAAAAUCCUGUUCCAAAGAAAAUGUCCGCCGGUCUUCAAAGAAAAAAGGCAAAUCAACAAAUAAGUUGAAAGCUUCUACAUCGGAAAUCAAAGCCAAUCCAAGUCUUAGACUGGCCACGCUGUCCACUCCUAAACUUGCUGCCUUACCUUCGCCAAGGUCACUUUUGCUGAGAUCAGUCAGUAAACCAGUCAGCACAGAUUCAAACAAAAUAUUUAAGAAAGCGAUAUCUGCUUCUAAAAUAUCAGUUUCCAAAUCGGCCACAACUACAAAACGACCAACCUCAGCCAUGAGUAAGCCAGAACCGCCACAGACAGCAAUAUCUGGAAGAGCAAUGUCUGUUUCUAAAUUACACGAACCACCUCAUCGAUCGCUGUCAGUUGCCAAAACAAAGAUAAACAAAGCGAAUUCAUCUGUGCAUAUACUGUCAACCCCACGACUACAAGAAUCAAAGGAUGUAAAAAAGUCACUAAGUCGGCGUCCCAAAUCUGCCAUGCAGUUGAGGGUAGAAGAGUCAGAAAAGAAAAGAGUGAAAUCAAAAGUCAAGAAAUCAAAAUCAAAGACACUAAAUAAUGCCAACGCGAAUAACGUUAAUGACACUGAAGAUAAAGAGGCAUUACAAUCUGACUCACCGCCUGUUGUGUCACUGACACCUGUGUGUAGAGACUCGCAAACAGAAGCGAGUUGUCAUGAUGCUGUCAGUACAGUGUCUUUCGAUGAUCUCGUGGUCCUGAGUGGAGAAAUAAAUGACGACUCCAAAUACAACCCACAAGAGUCCAUAACUUUCUACCUUAGUAAGUCAAUGGACAAACCAUUUGUGAAUGCAUCUCAGUUUGAGAACAAAAACACGAACUUUUCAUCAAAACCUACUUAUGAAUUUGAUGGUAGUCAUGAAGAGGACAAGCUAUACAAUAUGUGCUUUAUGGAUCUGGUUAAAAACGGAUUUGAUGAGGACAUGUUUCCGUCUGUAAAUGUGCAUCCUAAAACCAAUAAACAGAGGGUUAGAUUCAAUCUACAGCUUGCUGAACGUAUGGCCAGAAACAUGAAGCAAGGGUCGUUGGAAUACGACCCUGCUAGGUAUGGGAACAGAGUCAAACCCGACGCUUUAACAUACGUGUUUAGAAACACGGAUAGCCCUGCCAACGAACACAGGAAGCAAAGAUCAAUACAUUCGCCCGAUGCCCGUCUGCAGCUCACUUCAAAAUCCGAGACCAAAAAAUGGCCGAAUAUCUGGGCCAAUGUCCUCAGAUCACGAAAGUGGAGAGAAGUGUACUCCCUGGUGGACUCUAGCAGUGCCACCGAUCUUGUGGAGGAAACCAGCUGUGAUGAGGAAACCGAAUCUUCUCACUUGCAGCCUAAUAGAUCAGAGCACGACAUGUCUACAGAUGGACACAAGACACUGAAACCCCCAAAGAAAAUCCGGAAAAAGCAACGAAGUGUCCGAAGCAGACGCCAAAGAGAAUCGUCAGCAGGAACCAAUGACAAUCCCCCAAGCGAUGUGGUAUUUCCCCCCUACACGUGCAGAUACAACGAAGAGGGCAGUUCUGAUCUUUCAGCUGAGCAUUCUGCAAACACAACGUUUAGUUAUUUGCAGUUAGACUUAUCUGAUGCCAGCGCUAGCCACCACAGCGAGGAAGCAAUUGAAAUACCAGCCCUCAGACUUCCAGCGUGCUCAAACAAGAAGCAGGCCAAGUUUCAAUUAAAGUGGCUACACCUGGUUGAACAUCUGACGAAAGAAAUUCAAAAAGACUGUCUGGUGAAAGGCUACGAGAUCCUCCAAAGGUUGUCCAGAGGAAAUCCUAGAGUCCACAGCCUCCUGUUUCUAGCAAACAACAGAAAUAACCCCUUGUACAGCCCGAUAGAGAUUACCGCCAUCAGAUGGCCUUAUGCCUGUUUUACUAGCAGCGUCAUCUCUCUGGGAGGGGCCGCGACUGGUCGCCAGUACAUACAGACAUGGGUCAAUGCUCUACCACCACACUCCAAUCUCAUAAUGCUUCUACAUCGAUUCUGCACUGACAACUGGGUGUAUCACGUGACACAGCACUGCCCUUGGCCGUCGUUGGAUCAUCUGAUCAGACAAUCGUCCACUCCCUGGGGGCCGGGCUCCUGCCAGGGUCUCCCGGAGAACGCUUGCAAGACCAUCUUCAAACAGAUCUGUGCCGGCAUGGGGCACCUGCACCAGCACGAUGUCUUACACGGAGACCUCAACUGCUCCAACAUCCUGGUCAGUAACAUGCUGCAAGUCAAACUGGCAGGUUACGGUCCAGUGUGCCAGCGGAUGAUGAGCCCCAUACAGAGCAUCAAGGGACACGUACCGCUCCAGGGUGACUCUUACAACGUCAACACGCCCCCGGAACUCAUGGCCAGGAGGGAUGUCUGGACAAAGAGUUGCGAUGUCUGGUGCAUGGGAAUCACCUUGCUACAGAUGGUGAUUGGGGAGAUUUCACACGAGGUGAACUCCGCCAUACGACUCAAUGGCUGCAACAACCCCGUGGCCAGACUUCAUCUGCCUAAUUGUGGAUACCAACUGAGUCGUCUGAUAGACAAGAUUCUGCAGCCAAACGCCAUCAACAGGCCCAGUGUUUUUCACAUCAGCAACCACCCCUGGUUAUGUGAUGUUACAGAUUUAGCAGCUGUCCUCUGGCAGAGGAGUAACAAGAACGCCGUCAGAAGAACGGAUGGUUCCACUUUUCCUUUGCCAAAGAGAUUCCAAAACCUAGAAAAUCGAUCUGAUGAAAGCAUCUACGCCAGCUCGGAAUCGGACUGCAGUGCCAUUGAAAGUUAUGAUAUUUUAACAUCACAAGACAGGGAAGAAGAUGAUACUUAUUUAAACAGUUACAAAAGUGAUUUUCUGGCAAACCUUCAGAAAGAAUCGACAUCUGUUAGUAAGACUUUGUACAAAUGCGGUCUGGGCGAAAAUUGGUUGACCGACAAGAAUCGUCUUGUAUCUUCAUUUAACUCGUUGACUUCGCUGUCAUCUUCUAACAGAUUUGAGCCGAUAUUCUGCAGGUCACCGUCUCCUAAAGUGAAUUUCAUUUCCUCUAGAUCUUCGUCUCGAGGAGAUAUAAUGUCUUUUGUAAAUAGCAAGUUAAAAAUUGAGGAUGUUGCAAUUGUGAAUAGAAACGGAGUCACUGAGAGACAACCCGGCAAAAGAAUACAACCACACAAUGGAGGGAAUGAUUAUCAAGAAGAAAGGCAUAAAGGGUGUGACCUGCUCAAAUUAAUGGAGAACCUGGCGCCAAAGAAUGGAAAUAUGGAACUGGUGAAGUGA